UCUUCCUGUUUGUUUAAGUGAGUAGUAUUAUUAUCUGUAACAUUAAUUUUUUCAGUAGACCUAGCUAGGAGUUGCAAUUGCCAAUCUAUAGCUGUUAUGUAUAUUAAGCUUAUUGCAUGUGUUGCAAUUCUGUGUGGACUGAUACAAGAGUCAGUACAAGAUGGCAACUGUCCUGACUGUCCAGUCUGUAGAGCACCCACUGCUGAGGCUUCAAUUACAAGCACCUUUGCUGGCAGCUUCAGUAAAGCCAGACAGAAAAGACAAGCCACUAGAUCUAUAAAUCUAGAGUCUGAUUCCAAUGCUCCUACAACCAGAGGCAGUACAUUUGCUCUUGCAUUUAUGAGAAAUUUGUUUUCCCCUGCACCUGAAAUAACACUUUAUAUCACGACGGAACAGAAUGUGUCUUAUUUCACUAUCAAAACGAGGUAUUCUGGCCUAACAGGAUUCAAUGAGGCAUCACUUGACAGUGGAUUAUACUCUCGUACUGGCACAGCACAGAAGGGAGAGUUUACUGUCAUUCAAUUGCAAGCUGGUGCAGACUUUAAUGAACCACCUGGUCCACCAGACUUUACUGGACCACCAGACUUAUCAGUAGGGAGUGACCUAAUGAAUGAUGAUGAAGUUGAUAGACCAAAGGGACUGAUCUUAACUGCAGAUAAUCAGAAUGAUGAGCUCACAGUAUACGCUCUUAACAGUAAUAUCGAUAAUACCGCUGGUGCCUUCAUGGCUAUUAAUUGUGUCGGGUUUCCAACGGCAAGAGACUACCAAUAUUUCGUAUUAUCAUCAGAAUACUUUGGUAGCCAGUUUCUCAUGACACCCUGUCAAGAUAACACAACUAUUCGUGUUAGACCAUCACAACCAUACACUCAUCCCUCCUGGGUGAAUCCAAGUGUGCAACGUACAACUCCGGGUACCUUGUCUGAGGAAGAAGCAAUCUAUGGACGACGUUUCAAUCGCUUUGAUACUCUGUUGCUUAGCAGUGAUGACGAUUUAACUGGAACUAUCAUUACAUCUAACAAGCCAUUGUCUGUUUUCAGUGGCUUUAUGUAUAUUAAUAAUUUUGUAGAGCAAAUUCCACCACACCCAACCUACGGCGAUGUUUUCUUUCUUGCACCAUUUGAAUUAUUUACAUCUAAUCAUUUUCGAAUAGGCUCUGUCAGUGAUGAAGUCUCUAUACAAGUCAACUGCCCAUGUGAGCGAGGCUCUGUGAGUAAUAAUAGAGUGCCCCUUUCAGGUUCUGGGGUAUUUUUCACUGCUGUUAUAAAUCGAGGCCAAUACGUUGAAUGUAGAACACCAUACAAUAGUCAUGCAUUUUGUAGCGUCCAAUCAACACGCCCAGUUACAGUCAUGAGUUACUCGAUGGUGUAUAUACCACCUGUUGAUUCCUAUUUGACACAGUACAGUUUCAUAAGUCUACUAGGUGAUUCCUUAAGCUAUACUCUCCAGGAACUAAACAUUGAUCAGGAGCUACUAGUCAACGGAGAUGUAUUGACACCGUCGGAUGGUUUCACCACCAUCAAUUGUAGGUUUGACUGUUUUGAAUCAAUGGUGUGUGGGCAGGGAGCUACUGGUUUCUUCGGCCAAGGAACCUUUGAUAUACAAUUUUCUGAUGAUGUAUCAUUCUGGGGGUAUGUACACGGUAAUAUUGGUUCAUUUGCACACCCUCUACCAUUUAAGAUGAUACCAAUAGGAUUGGCAUGGAUCCAAGCUCAAGACCUUGUUGUCAUGGAAACAAUGGGUUUAGUAGUUAUGGAGUUCAUGAUAACAAAAGGGGAUCGUUCGGUAAUAACGAGAGCUUUUGCUGUCACUAGAAAUUUUUCUGCAACAGCAGGAAAGGACUUCAAUUCAACUGGCUUGUUCCGAGGUACAGGCAAUAGUAACUUGGAAUGGAGAAUUGGUAAUUCAGCUCCCAAUGUUCAAUUUAUCGUGCCCAUAAUUGAUGAUGACAUUCCGGAACCAGUUGAAGUAUUAGAGAUUGUAGUUGAAUGUGAAGAUUAUGGAAACUGUUAUCUACCCCGACGAUCUUACACCAUCACCAUUAUAGACGAUCAAGCUGUUUGUUUUGACCUACCUCAAAUUGAAAUGGAGAUUGGUACCUUGGAAUAUAAUAUGGAGGAAGAUAUGAUUAGUGGCACUAGACCGAAUGGAACUGUUGCAACAUAUACUUGUAUCAAUGGAUUCAAGUUGGAUGGAGAUGCCGAUAGGAUAUGUGACACUGGAAAUUGGACAGGCACGGUACCUGUGUGCAUAGAAAUCUUUUGCUCUGACCUGCUUCAAAUUGAUUACGGUACACUAAGUUUCAUUGGCUUUCCCUUGAAUGCCACUAAACCGAAUGGAACUGUUGCAACGUACAUUUGUGAUGACGGAUUCAACCUUAAUGGAGAUGCCACUAGGAUAUGCUUCGAUGGAUAUUGGACGGGUACUGAACCUGUGUGCACAACAAACCCAACAAUGUCGACUAUCCAACCAACCAAUCAAGGAGGAGGUGUGUCUGACCCAGUGAUUAUCAGCAUCGUUGUUGUUGUGGUUGUGGCUGCUCAUGCUAUACUGGCAAUAAUUUGCUGUCUCUGUUUUUUAAGGUUGAGACAAAACAAACAAGAGAGACUAAGAAUAAUGUCUACUAUAAGAAUGAGGAGGCUGUCUGAUCGAAGUAGUACUCUUAAGGAUUAUCAAAUGCGAGAAAUCAUAAAGUAUGUUCCAGAAUCAAUGAGAAUUCCCAGCUCUAAUCUGAAACUGCAAGAUGCAGUCGGUCAAGGAGCCUUUGGGAUUGUAUACAAAGGACUACUAAUGGACUGGAACAACGUUGCCAUGAGGGGUGUGGCUUUGAAGACUCUGAAAGGUCUAUUCACUCAGAGUGACGUACAGAGCAUGGUGAGUGAGAUCACUAAGAUGCAAGAGUUCCACCACCCUCACGUCAUGUCCCUGAUUGGGGUGUGUCUCGACGCUGGACCCGGUGUUUCUAUGGUGAUGCCGUAUAUGACCAAUGGGAGUCUACUAGACUACUUGAAAAAAGAGAGAUCUGCGCUAGAAUUGGCAGAGGGAGAGGAUUCUGAGAAGGUGUUAGCUGUGAGGAAGCUGCUGUUAAAGAUGUGUCAUCAGAUAGCUCUUGGAAUGGCGUAUCUUGCUCGGCACAACUUCGUCCAUCGAGAUCUGGCUGCCAGGAACUGCAUGUUGGAUUCAAAUGGUGACGUCAAAGUUGGUGAUUUUGGUUUGGCUGAGGACACGUAUGCGCAAGGAUACUUCAGACAGGGUGAAGCUGAGGGAGUCAAACUGCCGUACAAAUGGUUGGCAAUGGAGAGUCUAAAUGAUGCUAUAUUCAACGAGAAGACAGAUGUGUGGUCGUAUGGUGUGACUGUAUGGGAGAUUUUCAGUAGUGGCCGGACCCCCUACCCUGGAGUGGACCCAAUGUCCUUAGUGGCUCUACUCAGAGAGGGCAAGAGAUUGGAACCUCCCCAGAAUAUUGCCUGCUCUACAGAUAUGAUUUCGCUGAUGAACAGCUGUUGGUACGAGGAUUCUGAAGAGAGGCCUUCCUUCGAUGAGCUAGCAGCCAAGUUGGAGAAAGUUCUGAGCACCAUGGUGGGCUACGUGGAACUGAACAUGGAGCUAGCUGCCAUCGCUAUCACUGAGGAUGAACACAAGUAUGAUCACGUCCACUCGGCCGAAGAGCAGAUGAUACUUGCUGAGGCCGUUGCUGAGGAGGUUGCCAUGGAAAAAAACGCUGCAUACGGGUUAAGAACUGAAGACCAGUUGCAAGCUGAACAAGUAACCACAGAGACCAAUCUCACUUAUGGGAUAAGACGUGAACAAGAGUUACAGGAAAAUCCAGCCGAACAAGUUACUGACUCAGCUCACCAUUUCAACAGUGACCCACAACUGCCAGAGCAUGACCCUGAAGGUUACAGUGACUAUCGAGACACCACCGGAUAUGCUCAAGUACUGCAGAGACAAUCUUCACACGAAACUACUACUGUUUAGGUGCACUGCACUGUAUUUGGGUUAUAACAACUUGUAGAGUGUAGACGUAUAGAUUCUCUGUUCUCUUUUUGGCUAAUUAGACCAAUCAUGAUUGUAUGCCUAAAAUGUACACUUCAUGAGCACUACCAGAGAUAUUCGAAUAUCUAUGGUUAGGCCUUGGCAAAUUAUGCUUUUUAUUUUGCCUAUUAUUCUUUUUGACUAUUCUCAGUUUGGUGUACCCAUUAUUUCAGUUUAAAGACAUCAA